GCUUAUUUUCUAACAAAAUGCUUCUGGUAUCUAAACAUCACUGUCAUGUUUGAAAAACAAAGUAAAUAAAACUUUAUACAUUAAAAUUGAUAAAAUAGUUAUGAUAAUUUACUUUUCUGCAACUUAAUACCGACAUUUCUCACAUUUUCUUGAUAAGGGUAAUGUUUCUUUUUGUUAUUCCGUGCUUCUCUGCCGAUGGUUAUACAAAUCAAAAUAUUCGUAUACAACACCAAUUUAGAAAGAACAAAUCAUUAUCAACAAAAUUUAGAAAGUACAAAUCAUUAUCAAAAUAAAUCUUAAAAUACAACUUAUGUCAAUGUGUAAAAGGUUAUACAAACAACUUAUCAUUUGAGCUUAAUAUGUCUCUAAAACUUACAUUAAAAAUAUGAUUUCUGAGUUCUGCAUUUGACUUAGACUUCACUUAGACUAGACCAAAUUUGAAACGUCGCUUAAGUCAAAGUACCUACUCCUAGCUCCUACCUUUAAAUAGCCACAAUUGCAUAAUUGUAAGCUUAAUAUAGUCUCUAUCUACAAAUUCUAAUUUUUAUUAUUUAAGUUUUAUUACAUUAAGUCAUUAAGUAUACUUAAUGGUGCACUCCUUUCCAAAUAAAUUAAAUAAAAAGUAUUGUAAACUGAAAACUUGAAUUUAGACUUUAGGUAAAACUCUGUUACUAAAAAACAGAAACAUCAACACUCUAAUGCCAGUAGUUCCCUAAAAUAGAAUUCUUUAUCAAUCUAUAAUUCCCUUUUUUUAAAAAAAAUAUCUCUUCUCUACACUGAAAAUGUAGGCAUCUGGCAACUUGGUUCAUUUUAAUUUUUCAAUUAGAUUUAAUUUCUUCUUCUUUAUUAAUUUAUUUUCAUUCAAAGUAUCAUUUUUAAGAUAAUAAUAAUAAUGGUAUUUCUUCAGCAACUGAUGAAUUAAAGAAAGGGAAUUUUUUCCUAAAAACUAAAAAAUGGAGACGUUAAGGCUUGCAGAUGUAUAUCAAGUGGGAACCAGUGAGAAAGUCAAGGAGAUGGAGACUGAGCUCAACCAAGAACUUAUGGAGCUAAGAAAUGAGCUUGAAGAAGUUGACUUACCUCCAAAAAAUACCAGGUAUUUUCUAAAAAUUUUCUUUCCAAAUAAGACUUCUCUCUUCCAUAAGCAUAUAAAUAGAAGAGACAAAGAAAUACCACUUAUAAUAUUUGUAGGCUGUGUGUCUGUUUGUUCCCUCCUGGAGUAUUGGUUGGUUUUUGGAAUCUGUUUAAUCAACAGCUGACAAUUAUAUUCAAUAGUUUCCAUUCAACAAAAGCAAAGAAAUUGUUAUAAGUCCUUAAUAUAAAGUUUGUCUUAUGUGCAUAUUUGCAGUAUACACAUAUAAACAUUAAGAAAUCGAAGUUCUAGGAGCCAGUGCGUAGUUAAGGUCACAUAAUAAUUCAUUUGUUAUACUCAUUUAAUCAGUUCUGUCCCAAUCCCUGAAAACAAAGAGCACUUCAGACGAGAGAGAAAAUGUGUUGUAAGGAGGCUCUUGGAGGUAAACAAAGAUUAGAAAUAUUUCAAAAAGUUGUUCCAUUAAUUAAUUAGAUUUAUGUAAUUUUUUUAAUUAAACAUUGCUCCUUUAAAAAAAUUUUAAAAUUUAAUUAUUUAUUAUUACCAUUGUGGCCGCCUUAAACAAAAUUAAAAUAAGAAAUGCCACAUUCUCUUAAGCAACUUGAUCUGUUUAUUAACUUUUCUUUUAUUUGUAUCAAACUAAAAAUUAGAUACAUUUAUAGCAGAAAACAGUUAUAUUUAAGUAAAUUCCUUCUAGAGAUACUUAGCAGAUGCAUUUAAAUGAUGGCUCUGACUUAGAAAAAUACAUGGUCAUGACAUUGGCCUGUUAAGUGCUUCUCAUCUAAUAUCAAUGAUUUGGUUAGGUGAGUGAAGCGCAGCCGGUAAGAGUUCAGGCAGAUGAGAUGAAUUGUGAGAUGGUGAUUGCCACUGAGAAAGAAUAUACAAUCAGUAGUCUCCCUAUGUUAGUCCAUCAGGUAAUUUUAUCUCCUACUGUCAACUUUUUACAACAAAGUGUAACCACAAUGUGGCUCCUUCUAAUGGCUAUUCUUAUUUUGUUGAAAACAUAUAUCUCUGAUAGAUAAGGAAUGAUAAGAAUUUUCAAAUGUUUAAAAAAAAACUGAUUGCCAGAUUUUAAAAUUUCUAUCUAUUUGGUCUUUAUGAGCUUUGAGCAACAGUAUUUAAUUUAAUUGUUGUUGUAUGGCUUCUGAAGGUUGUCUGGCUUACAACACCAGGUUUUUAAUAUUCUGAGUUAUUUUUGUUUGUUUGUAUCUCUACCUUUCUUUAUGGAUGCUUUAAAUAUCAGACAUUUUGACAUUCCCAAAUUUCUUUAAGAACCCUUAAUGCCUUCUUAAUUCCUUAAUUAUUAUUUAUUUCAUGCAGUACUUCAAUGAACGCAUCCAACAUAUAAUUCACCUCAAACAUCAACUUAUGCUCAGAUGGAAAAGGUUCUGUGAGCACACCAGCACUAUUGAAAGCCUAUACCCUCUCUACAACCAAAGGCUAACGUGAGUGAUCACUGAAUAGAACUAUUCCAAUUUCUAAUGAACUUCUUACUUCUUAGAUUAAGCAUAACUUACUGGCGGACUCAUAGCGACAAUGAAGGCAAUGACAUACAUUGACUUAACGGCACCAGGGGUGAUCUCCCAAAGGGGUGUUUAAGCCUGAAAUAGUCUCUACAUAAGUAUAUACAUAAUGUAAUGGGAACAUUAAUUCUUCUUAAUGUAAGCCCAAGUUUAAAUCUAAAAUGCUUUGCAACUGCAGAAUUAUAAUCCAUGCUAAAUGUUAUAUAAUUAUGACUCUUUAAUUUUUCUUGCAUCAAACAUAGUUUUUUUUUGGACAGAUAUUUAACAAAUACAAGAUGUCAUGUUAUAAUAUUUUUUUUUAAUAUUGUUUUCUUUUUCUAUUUGUAAAUGUAUGACAUUCCAAUGACACUAUUAAUAUAUAUUCUUUCACAUGUGAUUUAAUUUCUAUUGCAUUGACAUUUUAUUUUUUUGUAAAUGGUAAUGAAUAAAGAUUGAAUAAUGUGGAGUUGAUUUAAAGACUAAAAUUUUUAAGGUCAAAGUUUGAGAACUUUUUCUGUAUUUUUUUAAAGGCAACUGCUGAAUGAGUACAAUGAUUGCAUACAACGGUCACAAAGACUAGCUACAGCCAGAGAGACUCUAAUGUUAGAGAAACCAGAGUCAGGUGUUACGUGUGUGAACAUGGAGGACUUGCUCAUCUAUCUCAGAUGGUUGGUCUGUCACCUUCACUCCAUCAAAAAGUUCAACCAAUUCCUUAAGGUAUGUUCAACAGCUAAAUUUCACCAUUUACAUUUAUUCAUGAAGGGACUUUUAUUACCUGAUGUACAUUUUAUGGACUUGUUUCAAUGCCUUAGAUUUUUUCAAGGACUCUCCUUAAAGUACAUUGAUAAAGAUUUGAAAUGAAAAAAACAUUAGCUUGCUUCUAAAAAAAUGUACUGCGGACCAAUGAUCCUUCUAAUUUUUGGAGAAGCUGUAUUUCAAAAAGAUGACAAAAAAAGUAUUAAAUCUAUCAAACACUAAAUAAAUGUUGUACAUAAUUAUUUAUUUAUCAAUUUUUAAUGCACACAAUUCUCAAAUGAUAAUGCAUCUAUUAAUUGUAAAAAAAAAAUUGUAUACAUUUUAAUUGAGAAAUAGCUCUUAAAAAUAUUUAUAUCUGAUCAGAAAGUGUCAGUCACUGUCAUGUUGAUUGUUGGAGGUAGGGUGGGGAAAAGAAAACAAGAACACCACCUGAUUGUUUACCACUUAGAGAGGAGGUUGGGGGCAGAACAUUUUUGAUAAUUCAAAAUGCAUUUUGGUGCAUAUUCAAUCUUCCAUCAUUCUGCACUUAACUGGAGAGAAACAGAAGAUAUUACUUGUGUAAAUAUAUGUGUCCUUGACAUGGUUGUGUUUAUGCAAAUCUUUUAAUUUAAGUUAAAAUUUGAAAUCAUUAACUUCAACUGAAUUGGUUUUAAAAUCAUACCUAAUUAUGGGCUGGUAUGUAACUCACCACUAGGCUAACAUCAUCUAUUGUUAUGGGUAUAAUAAUUUAUCUAUUUGUAAAAUCAAAGUGAAUUCAGAAAUUAAAGUGAAUAAUGUAUCAUUUUUUUCUUCAUUGAAUUUGCUGUGCACCCCUAUUUUUUUGUGCAUGCCAAAAUCAUGGGUGCAGCAUAGUGUGAAGAUUGCUGCUCAAGCGAGACAAACUAUAGAAAACAGAUAAGAUGUGUUUCUAAGUGUCACAAAGUAUAUUGUCCCACAAUAGCAGAAUCUGCAGCUUUUAGUGAUAAAAAUAGAUUUUAGUUGUUUCAUGGACUCAUUUACUGUCUGGUGAAGGUCAUCUUAGAAAUUGUUAAGGAAUAAAUAAUUUGUUUCUCACACCGGUUCUUAAUAUUUGGAAUAUUGAUUAAGCAUUAUUUUUUUAGGAAUAUAUUUUCUAUGAAUCGGCUCUUCUGUCAUUUCUAUUAAUGUUUGCAACAUGGAAAUAAAAAUGUUAUAAUCAUUAGUCAACAGGUCAGUUUCACUCUCCAGUAUUAAUACUUUGUUCAAUUCCAGGUGUUGCAGUGGCUCCCAAUUAGUCACAAGCUGGAGAUUUCACCUCCUGACACUGAUACAUUGGAAAUGGUGAGUUUAUGUAUAAAAAUUUAUUCUAUUUUGUUUCCCCUCUUCCAUGCAGACCAAUGGCUGACUUUGAAUUUCUUAAUAUAAUUUAUUGUUCCUUGAUUUUUCCUCAAUUUAGGAGGAGAGGACAUGCAAUGUGACUAAGAUAGCAUCUCGGUAUCAGGAUGAGAUUUCUUUGAACUUUCCUUCAAUCACGUCACGACCAACAUCUGCCAGAUCUGGACACAGCAUUGUUACCUCCAUCCCAUCCCCUCCACCAAUCAAUCCUGCUCUUUUGUUUACAAAUCCACUUCCUGAGUCUGCAGUGCUGUAUGCUGCAGCAGCAACAGGUGAGUUCAUGUUUGUGUAGUUCUGGUGCUACAAACUGGCAUAGGUGACUGGGUGGUUUUUGAAGUUCUGACGUGACAAAAUAUCACAGAUGAAGCAAGGGUUCUAAGCACUGAACUGACUGGAUGCCACUAAAUCAUAGAGGAUUUGUCUUGUUCUUAUCCUAAUUGCUGUCACAAGUUUGUCUUGUUCUUGUACUAAUUGCUGUCAUAUGAUUGUCUUGUUCUUGUCCUAAUUGCUGUCACAAGUUUGUCUUGUUCCCGUCCUAAUUGCUGUCACAAAUUGUCUUGUUUGUUAAUAAAAAUCAAAACUCAUCCAGUAAAGAAUAAUAAUGUUGCUAGUUUAUUUAUUAAACAGAAAUAUAUUGCACUAUUCCAGUGGGCUUAUCUACUUUUGAGAUUAAAAAAAAAAAAUCAGUUAAUAAAUAUUUCCUUUUGUUUCUUGUUUUAACUGUAAAUUACUAACUUUCAUGCCAAUGGUCGGUGAAGGUGGUGGUCUUGUUUCUGAUGAGAACAUGCUCGGUUUGCCUCUACAUUCAAUGGAACUAGAUACUUUCAGACCACAACUGGCUUUCCUCAUCAAUGUCUAUGGCAUUAACUUUGUAAGUUCUAGACUUAAUUUCUUUAGAAUCAUAGAAGAAUGCACUUAGUUAAGCAAUUUUUACCACACACCUUUACCCAGUCACUAAUUAUUUUCAUCAAUGUUUUUAGUUUAGUAUAAUGAAUUGCUUUACUGCCUCAUUAAAUGGCUGCUAAAACAUAUAGUUUGAAAUCAUAUUUGUUCUUCAGUUUCAUUUUAUUUAUCUUUUGUUGAUCCAUAUUUUAAAAUGAAGCUACACUUGGCUUCAGCUUGUUGUAUUUUCUUUUUCAUUCAGUGAAUUCUCCUGGCCAAUUCUUCACAACUCAUCUAAUUUUAUGUAUACCCCUUACAGGAUCUUAAACGAGUGCACAACAGUGCAGAUGAAAUGGAAAUGUUUGGCGCUAUCAAUCAAAGGUUCAAACACAUCUUCAUCAAGCAGGAACAGCUCAACACUUUCAAAACAUAUGACAGACAUGAGGUAGGAGUGGGAGGUAUUUGGUAGUCAUGAGAGAAAUUUGUUGGGGAUGUGAAUCAAGAAAAUUGCUGAUUUGUCUUGUUUUCUUGCUUUAGUUUGGAUAGAGUUACAGGAUGCAAUGAUUUUUUUAAAAAAAGUUUUGUUAUUUCUAGGUUUGAAAGAAACAUGUACAAAUUUAAGAACAUCUUCUGAAAUAUUCAAAAUAGUUAUGUUAUUAUGUUAGAAUUUGUCAAUAAUAGAUUUCAUAAAUUAUCUCAAAUAUUUCAAAUUUAAUUUUUGUUAUUAGAAAAAAAAGAUUCAAUUUAACAAAUGUGAAUGAUGCUUUCCAAGUUGUUGUUUAUAUUGAAUAAGUUAAGAUAUUUAUUUAUUUUAACUGCAGCCUGGUCAGGACGCUUCUGGACCAGAAAGUAGUAGCACUACUUUUAAGAAGGAGGCCAACUGGUGUAGCUUCACAGCCCUGAUCCCAGAGAGGGAUCCACAGCAAGAAAAAUUGUUGAGACAACUGCUGCAUAGGAAACAUGUGGAUGAACUUCUGAACGUCAUGUCCCAUUUCUUACAUGUUAGGAGUUGUGAGGUAAAUGUUGCCUUCAGAAAUUCAAUAUUUCUGUAGAAAGCUCAAAAGCUUAAACAAUUAGCUGGAAAUUCUUUAUCAAAUGAAGAUAGAUUUUUAUAUAAGUCAGCAUUUUCAGGUAUGAACUCUUUCUUCUUUAAAGUUUUCAUAGAACUUCAUCAUCACUAGUCUUUUCCCAUUCAAAGUUUUAAUGAUUAUAAAUCUUUGUAUUUUAAUAACUUCUUUGUAUUUUUAUAAUGAGUUUUAAUGUCCAUAAAGAAAAAAAAAUGAAUCCUAAAAAGUAAAAAAGAGUAAUAGGUAAAUGGUAACUUUCAUUAUCAUCUAAGAAAAAAAAUAAUUUUAUGUUGAUAUGGAUGAUACAUAUAUACAGGCAGAUUACUAUUAUUUAUAUAUUGAUAUAUAUAGGCCUAUUGAUUAGAUGUUUCCAAAGAGUUUUCCAGAUAUUUUAAAUUUAUUUAUAAAAACCUUGGUCUUUAUUUGAUGCCAGAAAGUUCAUGACACCUUGAAGGAGCACGCAGCUCAGGUGAGGAACCCACCAGUUCCAGCAUCAACCAGCUGUGACCACAACAGCACAAGUGUUAUCUGGAGGAAAAUUUACUCAAAUCCAGAUCUUUACUCAAGGUAAUGUUUCAUUUAAUGGUAUCUACCGGUCAUCAAAAUGAACAAGUUUGAAAUUUGCAAAAUUCUUAAUGUGAAUUUUACAUUUAAAAAACAACUGACUUCUGAUUGAUGUCUUUCAACUUGGGGGAAGGCAAUCAUUUAAAGUUAUUCAUAAAAUAAUUGUUGGCAUAAGACCUACCCAGAGGUCUUUAAUUUCAUGCAUGCUAAAAAAUUUUUAAAAUUUUGCAAUUCAAAAUAUUCAAUAUCAUUAUAAUUAAAUAGAGAAUUUCUUUUGGUAGAUUUUUGAGAUCCCUGACAAAAAUAGCACCAAAAAGAAAUGAAAACUGACAAUAGAGUUGAUUAUUUUUCACUCUAUUCAAAAGAUUUGUUUGUUUUGCUAUGAAAUGAUAAGUAAAAUAUUCCCACUUUUGUUUUAUUAGACUUUAUAAAUGUAUUAAAUGAUCCCAGUGGUGACAGUAGUGUGAGCACCUCUCUACCUGAUAUUGAUGAAAGAGAUGUUGAAAAUGUCAAUUUGUCAGCUGGACGUAGCAGAAGUAGCAACAAACGAAGGGACAGCUAUGAUUACACCAGCACUGUCCAGAUGUUAGGUAUGUUGUAGUGGACACUAGAAUAUCAGAUCUGACUAUACUAUCACUGCCCAGAUAGCUUAGAAUGAAGGUGGCAUGCAUUUCUUUCUCAUGAAAACUUGGUUGGUCUCUUGAACAGGUUUAGAUGAUGGGGAGCAAGACAAAUCUGACCCAGUUACUGCUCAAGGGGCAUACCUGUCGUAUCUUCACCUGCGACACCUACGCGUGAGGGACCUACAGAGAUCAGUUAGUAUUAUUCAUUCCGAUCAUUCCCACCAGUUUAUUUGGUCAUGGUGACAAUACGAUUAUGAAGUGCAGAAAUUAAAUGAAACUUCAAUUAAUGAUAACUAGCUUUACAGUUUAAACACCUUGAUAUUUUCCUAACAACCCCAAAAUCAUUGAUAUUAAAGCCUAAUUAGGAAACCUAAAUUUAUUGUUUAGCUAAAUAAUAAAAAUCUUACCUCCUCAAGUGUCUCUCCAUUCUGAACUACUUCCGAUCCAUUGAGAGAACUCUGACCAUCAAUGACAUGGGCUUGGUCUCUGAUGAUGGAGGUGACCUCAAACAAAACAGGUCUGGCUUAUAUUUAGAUCUAAGGUCAGGUUUUAAUAUCUUUGUGACUAGGCUUGCAUGGUGUGUACAUCCUGUUCUUAUGUUAAUCUUACUAGGAUGAUUAACAGUGUUCUAAUAUUGUGAUUGGGAUGAUAUGUUGUUUACAUCAGAUAUAAUGUCAUUGUGGCUCAGAAAUUGUGAUAAUAUCUACCAUUACACUAUAUCCUUUUAUAAUUUAUUCAUUAAAGCCAACAGAACCAUAGGUCAGGCACUGAGGUCAAUGGAGGUCAAGGUGGUAGUGGAGGUCUUGGCUCUCAUGCAUACUUGCACAAUACACCUGUGGAUUUCAAGUAAGGCUAAUCGUGAUGGGAAUGAUUUGAAGUCAGGCCAUUUAUUUUCUUAAAUAUAUUUAUAAAGACAUGAGACUUGCCAAUGUAUAACUGUAUAAGUAGAGCUGAAUGAAGUCCAUACUUUGACUGCUAGAAACUGCACUAAAAAUGUUAACACAAGAGUUUUACAGAUGUUAGGUUUGAAUACUGCCAGAGCUGCAUUUUUUUUAACUGGCGCUAUCCUGAUAACUAUCUGAUUGUUUAUUUUGAUUUUCUUGUCCAUAUAUUUUUAAGGGCCCAAUUUAUGUAAGUUAACUGAUGUCAUAAAUGAUUAAAAUAAGCUUAAGUUUGAAAUAAAAAUAAGUUCUGUGUGAGGAGUGUCAAAGGGAAUGAAUGUACUUUCAAAAUUACUGUUUUUCAUGAAGACAAUGAAAAGAAAAGUUCUUGUCAACUUUUUAUUUCAGGCUGAGUGAGUCUGAGUUCAUCCAGUUCUCAGAGAUUGAAAAUCAUGAUGACUUCUACUCAUUAGAGGAAGGCAGGGUGCAUGUCAUUGACCAGAGAGGACAUUACAUCAUGUAUGACAAGGCUUUAAAGGACUUUGAGUAAGGGAAAUGUGAAAUAAAGCAUAACUCAUUUUGAAGAAUAUUUUUUUUAAAUGAAGAGCAAAACUAAUCCAAAUAAUCUGCCAGAAUACCCUUUUUGAGUCAACUUCACCCAAGUACUUGACCUCUGACCCCUGUGCCAUCAUUACACCUGAUGCAACCAUUCCUGUGGUAGAAGGUCAAGGUUGCUUUUAAUGGGCAGAUAGAAAUAAAAACAAACAGAAGAUGGAAGCGAGUCAAACAAAGUUAAACCUGAAAAAAGGAACGCAACAAAACAAACCUUUCGACAGAAAGCCUUCACCAGCGAACCACCCCAUGUUACCCUAAAUAGCAGUAGAUUCUAUUACCAAAACUGAUGACACCAUGAUGGUUUUUUUAAAGGAAAAAUGUUUAAGAAUAUUGAAAGGUGAUGACACUUUGUGUUAUUUGAUUUGUGCGCGGAGAUUAUUUUCAAACAUUUUUUAAAAAUAUCAUUAUGUGAAGAAUCUCUAGGUUCCUAUUUUGUAAACAAUGUAACAAUUUUUGAAUACCAUCCAAUCUUGAUAUAUAUAUUAGGUAAGUUGGGUAAGCCUCUAAUUAUAUUUUCCUCAGAAACCUAAAAACUGAACUGAUGUUGGUGUCCAGCCACUACAUUGAGAAAGAUCGUGAUCUGAGGACAGCUGCCAAGCAGAUGGCUUCCAACAGCUCAAAAAACCAGGCAGUAAUAGGAUUUCAACUUUGAAAGAUUUUGUUUCUACUAGAAAAUCUUAACAGUGGAUUCAGUGUUCAUAAUAAAGCUAUCAGCUGCACAGCCAGUUAUAUCAUUGGGCCUCCAUUCCUUGAUAUAGUGUCUCAUUUACCUUUAGAUUUUCAUGCUCUCAUUCUCUGUUGAACAAGCUUAGAGAUAAAAAAAAAAUAAGUUCAUUUCAUUUAAAGGAUUUUUUUAUACAAUCCCAUUUGAAAGAGUGAUAAAUUGUUAGUUUUAUACAAAUAAAAAAAUUGUGAAUUUUCUUACAAGGGUGGAAAGUGAUUGAAGAUAAAAUUUUUUUCCAGCAGCAAGCGGGAGACUUUGACAUCUCCAGCUACAGUCAUGAGGACAUUGACAGGUUUGGUGUCGUCUUUGAUGUAUGGACAAAUGAAACAUCCUUUCAGGAAUGUAAGAGAGAGGUGAGUCAAUUUAAUUACAUUAUGAUUCAAAGUACUUUUUCAUAUUUUAUAGUUAUUUCAUGAAUACCCCGGUGCCAACAAAUGCAAUCACCAACCAAUCCAGUCAUCAACUAACCCAGUCACCAAUCAACCCAUUCAUCAACCUUCCCAGUCACCCACCCAGCCCAGUCACCAGCAACUCAAUCACCAACAAACCCAGGUACUAACCAGCCCAGGUACCAAUUAACCCAGUUAUCAACCAAACAAUCCACCAAUAACUCCAGUCACCACCCAGCCCAGUCACCCCACAACGUGUUCACCAACCACACAGUCACCAACCACAGUCAUCAACCACACAGUCACCAACCAACCCAGUCACUAACCAACCCAGACACCAACCACACAGUCACCAACCACACACUCCCCCAACCAACCCAGUCACCAACCACACACUCCCCCAACCAACCCAGUCACCAACCACACACUUCCCCAACUAACCCAGUCACCAACCACACACUCCCCCAACCAACCCAGUCACACACACCCGCCCAACCAUCCCGUCACAAACCAACCCAGUCCCCAACCAACCCAGUCACCAACCAACCCAGUCACCAACCAACCCAGUCACCAACCACACAGUCACCAACCAACCCAGUCACCAACAACAAAGUCACCAACUGACCUUGAGACCAUUUCAGCUCUUGGACUGCUAUUACGAGGCGUACCAACAUGUUGUGGACAGGGAUGAGAGAAGGAGACUGGCACAGGUCAUCACAAACAUCAUUCAUCAGCGACCUCGAUAUGACCUGGAAGCCGACUACUUUGUCCGCAUGUACAGGGCUGAAUUGGCCGUGCUGCGUCAACAUUCAGCUCUAGUCAAAGCCAUACUGGACAAACAGAUAGACAGUCAGCGAGAGUAUACGCAGCGUGUGACCAGAGAGGGAGACCGAGACUUUGGACUUCCACACCAGAUUAUACCCAAACAGCCAAUAGCAGUCAAUCUAAGCAGGUCUGCUUAGAAUUAAUUGUGGCAUCAGAUAUUUUUUACAAGCCUCUAAGCUUUUAAACAAAUUAUUUGUUUUUGCUGGGCUUAGAAGAAAAAUGUAACUGUUAAAUGGAUAAUGUGACAAAUCUUGAAGUAAAUCUGAACCUUUUUUCCACACUAUUGCCAGAAGGGUUUAAUAAUUAUUUAUUUAGACUAUUUUUUUAAAGAUCUAAUUCAGAAAAUAUGUUCAUUACAAGUCAAGUAUUAUUAAAUUCUAAUAAAAAUAUAUUCAUCUUUUUUUUCUUCAAAAAAGUUAUUUAGUUAAUUAAUAAUAUUGAGGAAUAGUCUGGUAAAAUGUUUUUGUCCAAACCAGGCCUGCCCUGAAACAUGUCUACAUGUUAGAGUUUCAUCCCACAUUGGUCAUUGCGAGUCGUUUACCAUCUGCUCUGAAACAUGCUUAUUGGGUGAGUCCAUUUUGUCCAUGAUGCUUGAUAUUUCGCGGUCUGAACUUCCAUUUCAUGUUGGACAGUGCAUGAAAAUAUGUAACGACUCCUUGUCUCAUACUUGUUAGCAUUUGAGAUAAUCAGAACUGGUGAAAGGUUUAUUCACCUUCAAAUAAGUUAUUUAAUAUUAACAUAUUUAUAGAUCUCCUGCCAUUCGGGUGGCUGGGUGGCCGAGCGGUCUAAACUGUCUCAAACGAAAAAGCUGGUGGUCUGGAGUUCAAUCCCCAUCAAAGCCAUCCCAAGCAACCCGGGUGGAUGGGACUCGUUUGCCUUGGACGGCAACCUGUCUAAGAGAAGGCAAACUCUGAAUUUUAAACCAGGAGCCAGAAUGAUCAACAAAUUGAUCGUGGCACCUCAAAUAUAAGAAGAAGGAACAUAAAUGUAUUGACUACAUAAAUAAUCUUUGCUAAGUGGUUGUUUCUUUUUUUGCAUUCAUUUAUGUUUUCUAGUAUUUAUUCAUAAUGUGACUUUACAUGCAGAAUUUGAUGGAUUAAUCAAAGAGAAUGGAACAAAAUUCAAGUGUUAACAAUUUUACAACAAUUUUUAAACCUUAAAAUGCCACCAUUUAGGAACUUCUGGAAAUUCACAAGCCACAGAACUUAUAUUCAUCUGUGAUGAUGGAGAAAAUAUUGCUGCAAUUUGCCUUGCAAGAAUGGGACAAUUUACCUCCUCUUGGAAGUGACUACUCCAUGCAAGUACAGAAAGAUGUGAGUAAAGACUCUUUUGUUACAUUAAAAUAAAUGUAUCCCAAUAGGUCACUUUCUUUUCAGUUAUAUACAUUUUUAAAAAAAUAUUCUCAUAAAACGCAUCAUGCCAGUGACAUAAAGUUUUUUGAUUAUUUACAGUUUAUGUCAACUGUUUUUCAGUGAUGUUUGUGUUCCAUGACUUGGGUAUGUUCCGCAUGUCUUGUGCUUCAUUAUAUACCAUUUGUUUCAGCUGUUUUCACCUGUGUUUGUGGAGGAUCCACUGUUCAUGUGUGAGGUGGCCCAGUUUUCUGUCAAACAGCACGAGGAGGAGGCAGGGAGAAGAUCUCACAAAGAGAAACAAAUUGCAAUGACGCAAUCUAUUGGCCGGGUCAUGGAGGUCAGAGAAAUAAACAGUAUUAAAACAUCUUUAAACUUGGAUCACUUAUUCGAUUUCGGUACUUUUUUUUCUUCAGAUUUUCAUUUCCAGCCAAUGCAAAAAUGUAAGAUACAAUACAACACCUUAUAAUGUGCAAGUUAUUACUCCAAGAUGACCCAGUAAUGUAGUAAACUGAAACUGUCAUAAGAAUAUUAGUUGCAUUCAGUUAUUUGAUGGGUUGGCACAGUUAAACAUUCUUUCUGUAUUGAUAAUACAGUUGGAUACAAAUGACCUAGAUACACACUUCUGCUAACUGCUGUUUUCUUCUAUUUUUUUUAUAGAUUGUGACUUUACGCCAUCGAAUGAUUGAAGCCUCGUGGGAAAGUGAAAUCCUAUCCAAGGUCAGUAACUCUAAAUUUACUUUACAGUGAUAAAUGGGUUAGGUAUACAUUGAAUCUAACCUUUUAAAUAUACAUUUCAAUUAAUACAGAAAGAACAAUACUUCUAUUCUUAGAGAAUGUUAACUGAGAAACAAGUAGUUUUCAAUUCAGUUCUUUCUUUAUGUCUCAACAUCUUCAAAAUAUUACUUUUUUUUUUUUUUUGCCUUUAAUUUUUUUCAAAGUUCUGUUUCAAUAAUUAAAUCUGUGUUUCAAUUAUUAAUCAUGUUUUUUCAUUGAUUAAAUAUGUGUUUCAAUGAUUAAAUCUGUUUUUUAAUUAUUAAAUCUGUGUUUCAAUGAUUAAAUCUGCGUUUCAAUAAUUAACUCUACAUAAGAUUCUGUAAUGUAGAGCACUUCAUGUCUAACAUGCCUGUUACAUUUCCUGUCAUGGCACAGAUUUACAAGAAACAAGCUGCUGACAUGGGAUUCCCAGACUUUCACAUGAACCUCAGAUUUGUUCAGUUUGAAUUUGCCAAUUACAAAGAAAAAGCUGGAAAGCCCCCACCUGUGUUCAUCACUGCUGUGCAAGAAGAUGAAACGGCUGUAGACAAGUAAGUGUGCUGUAGACAAGUAAGUGUGCUGUAGACAAGUAAGUGUGCAACGUAUGAAAACAAUAGAUUGUUUUCUUGAUGAUGAACUUUUAAAGAAAGUUUAAAAAUAUUUUGAUUUUUUUUAAAACAAUUUUUAUGCAUAUAUGAAAAACUAAAAUCUCUGUACUGUAGGCAAAAUGUUGUUUGAUUUUAUUUGAAGCCAAUUAGAAAAUCUUUUCCCACUAUUUAAGGAUAUGAUGUCUGCAUUUAUUUACAGCCAAGUUGUUCUAUAAUAUAAUCUAUGUUUAGGUACACGCCAUCUUGUCUGUCUCUGGCCAUCCAUGAAUUAGAUGAAAGUCAUGUGGGGAGAUUUUCUUUUAGAAGCCGAGAGGGUUUCCUCCAGGUGAGUACCAACUGCUCUGUGACUUUCUAAAGUUUUUUUUAAGGUUUAUCUAUGAGUUGUUGUUUUUCAGUCACCAUCAUGACAGUCAUAACUUAAGUAGUGGGGUAAUCUCUGCAAUGUGCUACUGCUAUUACUCAAAAAGAUAAUUUUAAACAUUUAUUUAUGACUUUAAAAUGGCUAACUGUUUGCUUACACUGCAUGUGUAAUGUUAGGUUGGCUGACAUACCAAAAUGAUGAAUAAAUUCACUAAAUAUAUGUUAUUAAGUGACAUGAAAAUUAGAAAUUUUUUUUUUUUCAGGUGUUAAGGCCAGGGGGUAUGGAAAGUUUCCAGGUGGUUCUCCAGUCCCAGGUGGUACACAAGAAUGCCUUGAUAGCUGCAGUGCAACAGGCCAGUGUCUGCAACCCAGUCAAGGUCACAGAAUGGAAGAGGUUUUUUGUCACUUUGUCUUUUUCUGGGCUACUUGAUAUGUGCUGGUCUACAAUCCUGUAUCAUCAGUGUUUUCCAGGCCCUCAAGACCUGAGAGCAUCAUUCAUGUUAUCCCUUCUCCUGUGAAUUUUUUUUCUGAGUCAUCAAAUGCCAUCUUGUAAACCAUUGGCAAAGGAACCCUUGCUUCAUUUCGGUCUUAACUUGAAAAAUAUGAAGCCAAUAGGCAGUUCAAAAUUCAAUUAAAUUUUAUCAUCAAGUGAGCUGAUAAUACUGACACAUUUUUUGAGAAAUGACAUAGUGUCUGUAGUUGCCCAAACUUAAACGCAUUGUAAGCUGUCAAAAUCUGUCUUGAAACUACUGAGGACAAACUUAAACACAUUGUAAGCUGUCAAAAUCUUUCUUGAAACUACUGAGGGCAUAGCACAGAAGUCAACUUGGACACUUGGAUGCUCCUUUUAACAAAAAUUUUUGCCCUUAAUGUGAAUUAAUUUUAUUUGGACGAAACAAUUUCAUUGUUGUACAGCAAAUAUUUUCUUUGCCUGACUUUAAAUCUGUUGUAAUUUUGUACAGAACUGUGAUUGUUUUGUACAGAACUGUGAUUGUUUUGUACAGAACUAUGGUUGUUUUGUACAGAACUAUGAUUGUUUUGUACAGAACUGUGAUUGUUUUGUACAGAACUGUGAUUGUUUUGUACAGAACUGUGAUUGUUUUGUACAGAACUGUGAUUGUUUUGUACAGAACUGUGAUUGUUUUGUACAGAACUGUGGUUGUUUUGUACAGAACUGUGAUUGUUUUGUACAGAACUGUGAUUGUUUUGUACAGAACUAUGGUUGUUUUGUACAGAACUGUGAUUGUUUUGUACAGAACUGUGAUUGUUUUGUACAGAACUAUGUUUGUUUUGUACAGAACUAUGAUUGUUUUGUACAGAACUGUGAUUGUUUUGUACAGAACUGUGAUUGUUUUGUACAGAACUGUGAUUGUUUUGUACAGAACUGUGAUUGUUUUGUACAGAACUAUGGUUGUUUUGUACAGAACUGUGAUUGUUUUGUACAGAACUAUGGUUGUUUUGUACAGAACUGUGAUUGUUUUGUACAGAACUAUGGUUGUUUUGUACAGAACUGUGAUUGUUUUGUACAGAACUGUGGUUGUUUUGUACAGAACUGUGAUUGUUUUGUACAGAACUAUGUUUGUUUGUACAGAACUGUGGUUUUUUUGUACAGAACUGUGAUUGUUUUGUACAGAACUGUGAUUGUUUUGUACAGAACUGUGAUUGUUUUGUACAGAACUGUGAUUGUUUUGUACAGAACUGUGAUUGUUUUGUACAGAACUAUGGUUGUUUUGUACAGAACUGUGAUUGUUUUGUACAGAACUGUGGUUGUUUUGUACAGAACUGUGAUUGUUUUGUACAGAACUAUGGUUGUUUGUACAGAACUAUGAUUGUUUUGUACAGAACUGUGAUUGUUUUGUACAGAACUAUGGUUGUUUUGUACAGAACUGUGAUUGUUUUGUACAGAACUGUGUUUUUUUGUACAGAACUGUGAUUGUUUUGUACAGAACUAUGGUUGUUUUGUACAGAACUGUGGUUGUUUUGUACAGAACUAUGGUUGUUUUGUACAGAACUGUGAUUGUUUUGUACAGAACUGUGAUUGUUUUGUACAGAACUAUGGUUGUUUUGUACAGAACUGUGAUUGUUUUGUACAGAACUAUGGUUGUUUUGUACAGAACUGUGAUUGUUUUGUACAGAACUAUGGUUGUUUUGUACAGAAUUGUGAUUGUUUUGUACAGAACUAUGGUUGUUUUGUACAGAACUGUGAUUGUUUUGUACAGAACUAUGGUCGUUUUGUACAGAACUGUGAUUGUUUUGUACAGAACUAUGGUUGUUUUGUACAGAACUGUGAUUGUUUUGUACAGAACUAUGGUUGUUUUGUACAUAACUGUGAUUGUUUUGUACAGAACUAUGGUUGUUUUGUACAGAACUGUGAUUGUUUUGUACAGAACUAUGGUUGUUUUGUACAGAACUGUGAUUGUUUUGUACAGAACUAUGGUUGUUUUGUACAGAAUUGUGAUUGUUUUGUACAGAACUAUGGUUGUUUUGUACAGAACUGUGAUUGUUUUGUACAGAACUAUGGUCGUUUUGUACAGAACUGUGAUUGUUUUGUACAGAACUAUGGUUGUUUUGUACAGAACUGUGAUUGUUUUGUACAGAACUAUGGUUGUUUUGUACAUAACUGUGAUUGUUUUGUACAGAACUAUGGUUGUUUUGUACAGAACUGUGAUUGUUUUGUACAGAACUAUGGUUGUUUUGUACAGAACUGUGAUUGUUUUGUACAGAACUAUGGUUGUUUUGUACAGAACUGUGGUCAUUUUUCACAGAACUGUUUGCUAGCAGUAACUUUAAAAAAAUUAUGUUAUUUAAUUUUUCCCUUAUUCCUUGCAAACUAUUUUUAAAAAGUUUAUUCUCAGCAGUGGUCGUGCCAGCCCAACAGAGACAAAAAGUGAAAAGAGCACCAUGACACAGCUGACCAGUGCGUCCAGUGGAACCAGUGGUCCAGUUAUUGCUGGCAACAUCCCUGUAGACAGUAACAAGGCCAAGAAGGCAGCAGAAGCUUUUUUCUCCUUACAGUUGGAGAAAGCAAGUCACUAUUUGUUUUAAAUAAAUUAUAAAUAUAUUUUUCGCUUUUCUUUAAAAAGAAAUAUUAAAAUAGGAAAAAGGUAAAAAAAUUAUUUAAAAUGACAGUGGCAGGUUAUUUGGAGAUUAGAUGUCACAAAGCCUGUGAAGUUAUAAUAGUAAAAUAAUAAACAGUAAUAAUAAAAAUAAGAACUGGAUUCAUCAAUUACUAUUUAAAUUGUGACAGAUAUUUGUCCUGGUAAAAUGGUUGGAUAACAUGAAAACUCUAAUGAAGAAAAUGUUACAAUCCUGCAAACAUGUUUUAUCUUUGCUCAUAGAAUCAAUGCAUAGAUCACAUAGUAGGCCCACCUAAAAUUGUGAACAUGCUCAGAGGACAAUCUCUGACAUCAUUAUUAGCCUCAUGGCAAUCUUAUAAUCUUUCUCAUCUUUCUGGCAGAUUCAUUUAUAAAAUAGUGAAAACCUGGCACUUGGAAAGCAGGUGUUUGAUUACCUUUUGGGGCGGUAGGUGAAGAUAUGGUUCUGGUUCAUGCAUUGCCCUUAUAAGUCCCUUGAAGUCAUUUGUCUAUCAUCUUCCCCCAUCAGACACCAAGUCGAGAUCUGAUGCUCAAUGAAUUUGUCCUGAGAAAGCAACAAUCUGGCAGCGUACUUCGUAACUCUGAGGAGCUGGAGAAACUCAAGAGAAAGUUAAUCUCAGAGUUUUGUAUCAAGUUCCAGAGUAGAGUCUCCCAGGCCUCCAUGAGAGGUCAGCUCCUGGCCUACUACAGCAGUAUCCUCAAUCUGCUGGACAACUUUCCAAGCAUCAGGCAUGAUGUUAAGUUACUUUAUUGUGAAUCAUGUUUUAAUGACAGUUGGCAAGCGGAUCAUUUGAUAGCUUAUCUAUGAUGUUAAUUCAAAUGUUUGUUUUUUUUCCACAUAAUAUUUUGUCCUUACUGGAGAAAUAUGGUUUGUUAAUUUGAACAUUGAAAUUUUUGCCUGAUAGUUUUAUACCAUUUCAGGGAAACUUAUUUUGUUUUGGGAGAUGCCAAUGAGAAAAAAUCAUCUGGAGAUGAUCUGGAAGGGCUCUCACCUGACCCCAGGUCAGUUUUCUAGUUUUCUGUACAUUAUUUUAAUUUUUUACUAGUUAAGUAAAGCCCAAACUGCCUUUGUGGUGAAGAACUUGUUAUUAAGCUGUUAAUAACUAACAUUAGAGUUUAUAGUCUUUAAUAAUCUACUGAAAAUCAAAUCACUGCAAAAACAUGGCUUCCUUUUAUUCUUAUAGUAGCCACUGUAAUUAUGUCCUUGCUGUGAAAUGUCUGUCUCUUAACAGCUGAUAAUAAUAAGCCAGUCCAACUAACACCCCCAAUAAUGGGACAAAUUUUAUAAACCUAAACACUCCAUUAUUGACUUGACCAUUCUGGUCCCCAAAACUGGGGGUUAAAAGUAGCCAACAGGAUCCAUGUCAAUUUAUAAGUUAUAAAAUAUAUUUUGGUAUUAAGAAAUAGCAUUAAAAAAAAAAUUACAUCCACUAUUGUAUGUUUGUAUGGAAUGGAACACUUUAAAAACAAAUAUAGUUUUAACAGACUUGCUUCAAACUUCUUUUAAUUCAUAGUGUUAUUUUACAAAAUUUGUUCUCAACACAUAGCUGGGAUGGAAGUUUAAAAAAAAAUUGUUUUGUUUUAUACAGAGAAUUGAAAAAAAGACCCCGAAGACUGUUGUCAAAGGAUGGCAAACAUGUUUUGAACAUCUGGUUCAUCCCCCACCACACAGAAGUUCUUGUGAUGUUCAAGACACUGGAUGAUGAGACCUGUUCCAGGGCCAUGUCUGCCUCACUGUGUAUUGUUGCAGCUCUCCAUGACAUGCUGCAGUACCUCAGCGCCCAUGCUCGCCUGGGGACAUCCCAUGCCAGAAUGGGAUCAGAGAAGAUGGAGUUUGUGUCAGCUGACUGGGGUGGCACUGAGGGCAUAGGUUUGUAUUUGUUUUGUUUUUUUUUAAUGUUAAGAGGGCAUAUAUUUUUAUUUUUUUUUAAUGAAUAAUUUUGCACUAAAGCCAUUAUCCUGUGAACUUGUAGGAUCUGAACUCCGAGACAUUCAGAAACAGAUCAAUCAUCUUCCUGACCCAACCAAUCCUGAUGAUGUGCUAGAACUUCUGCAACUGAAACGUGAUGUCAUGUUCCUGGAGUUUGACACAGCUGUCAGAAACUCAAUGACAGACACCUUUCUGUCUACUGACAACAUCCAAGCUUAUGAGGUACAUUAGUCAAUGGACUUCAUCAACAAUGACGUGGAUGAGUUAUAUUUACGUUAAUUGACACUUUCACUAGUGAGAUUUGAGAGACACAUAUUUAGAGUAUAAAACCCAGUCCACUGCGUUGUCUCUAUAUGCUUUGUGUUGUGCAUCUCUUGACAUAAGCAUUGCUAACUUGAUGCAUUCAUGAUCAUACAGAGCAUUGUCCACAAUGCCUAUCCAGCUCUCUCUGCCAUCAGCAAUGUCCAGAGGCCAAGCUUGUCUUGUACGUACCUAACCAUCCCAGAACCUCUUGAGGCUAGGGACUUUACAGCCAGACAAAUUCUGCCCUGGAGAUCUUUCAUUAACCGGUACAGCUGAAUGAUGCAAUCUUGAUAUCAUUAGUAAACGUGAUAAAUUCAAAAAUAUUGUUUUACCAAAUUUUACCAGUUGUUUACCAAUUAUUAUAAAAUACUUCCUUCUUCUUUUUGUAAAAUACCUAUUAUAGAUAACAGAGACAACACUGUAUACUCCUGCAUUCAUUUUCCAAAUGGUCAAAAAGUCUGGGUUGACUUUGGUUUAUAUUGUAAAAUCUUUCCUCAGCUAUGGGCCUUUCCCAGUUGGAUUUUGGCAGUGGUUUCGCAUUGAAUACUUCAUAACUCUGUGUUUGUCUGGACUCAAUGAGGUGGACAGGUAUAGAUCACAUCACCUUAUAUAGAAAUUAGUUUAAAGCAUAAGGUUUGGUGACAACAUGAGUCCCAUGUAUUGUAAAGUAAUUCAUACACAACCCCCAUGGACAAUUAAGUAUUUAAUUAUGAGAUUUUGAUAUCAAGAAAUUAAUAUAUUUAUUUUAAUUUUCGAGUAGCAGUUAGGGUCAAUCCAUAAAUGAUGUCAUAUGUAGGAAAUGUGUGUGUGUGUGGGGGGGGUGUCAAAUUUUUGUGAUGAUGUGUUAUAAGUGGGGGUGGGGGGUUUAAGCAAUGUGACGUCACAUUAAAAGAGAAACAUUCUUGAGAAGAUUGCACUUACUAACACUAAAUUACUUACAAGAUUGCACUUAUUAACACUAAAUUACAUACAAGAUUGCACUUACUAACACUAAAUUACAUACAAGAUUGCACUUAAUAUACACGAAAUUACAUACAUUUUUAACAUUAUUCUCUUAUACAAAAUGUUUAAUUAUUUAUUUUUAAAUUAUGAUCCCUGAAAGAAUCAGUACAGGUAUGUGAGGUCAGAGAAAUGGCCUCAUUUAAGUUACAGGCCACCACAGAGGAGGAGAACUGUGGUGUAGUGACUUUGACUGUAGUGAGAAUUUGUGUCUUAAUACGGAGACAGGAGUUAUAGAAUUAGGGCUACCAAGUUGAGUGAGAUGGAAUGAAAAAUGGUUGACCGGGGGAGGGAGGGCUGAGCUUAAUAAAUGUUUUAGGGCAGAGAUUCUUAAUCUUUUUUGCAGCGCUGCAUCGCCUCUUGAUUUCAAAACAUUUCCCGCAAUCCCUCCACCCUCGAAUAAAUUAUAUAGUAUUAAAAUUUAAAAAAUGGAGCAAAAAAACUUUAAUGCUGCUAAUCAAAAUGUAUAAAAACUUAUCUUAUUUCUAAAGGCAGGAACAGCUAUCAAUGGCAGAAAAGGCAAUUUAUUUUCUGGGAAGUGAUUUUCUAAGGGUAUAUAAAGGACAGUAUUGGAAGGAAGGAUUUUUAUAGGGUGGGGUGGGGGUGUGGGGUGGAUGCAGAGGUUUGUGACAUUAUAGUUGGGUGGGUCUAACUUUUUGUGACAUUAUAGUUGGGUGGGUCUAACUUUUUGUGACAAUUUUCCAUGAUGAUGGGGAAGGGGGGGAUCAUAAAUCUGAAAAAUUACCUUGACUCCAUUUAUGGAUUGCACCUUUCCAAUAUUGAUAGAAAACAUUUUGUUUUUCAUCAAACUAUUAUGCUAAUUAAAUUAUCUGAAGGCAUGUGGCAAAUGGUGAGAUCCUUGGAGUGUCCUUGCUGAUGGAAGAUGUCCUUGAGACAGGCUACAAUGGCAAUUUUAACUUGGACGGUGAUUCUAAAGGUCACAGUGUGGCUGAUUCAAGAGCUGAAGUUGCUGACUCUUCAAGACGUCGAAGUGUCAUCUUAGAUUUGAAAGAUGCCAGCAAAGCCUUGAGUGGGUAUCUUAGUUUUUUUUUACUGGCAUUCUUUGCCAUUUGAAAUAUUUAGAUGUAUCUUAAUUCACUAUGCCGCUUAUGCAGUGCAAUCUAAACUUUGGAAGAAUUAUAAGCUAUAAGAUAAAUUGCACAGUAAUAAACAAUUUUGAAAACUGCUAAAUAAAGUAAUUAUUUUAAAAAAACAGAAAUUAAUCCCAGUGAUAUUUUUGUAAAUGUGGAAACCAAAGUUAAUAUGUCUGAAAUUCAGAGUUUACUUUAAGCCCCUUGAUAUGGCUGGGCUGAUAGAUGGGCUCAGAGUGUUAUGUUGAAAAAAGAUGAAAGGCUAUUCAAUCGGCCAAAUAACAAAAACUUCGAGAUUGGCUGGCUGGUCUUCAUACCAGCUAAUCAGAUUGCUUAUCACAUUUCUGGCUCAACUCGAAAUUUUAAUGGGACUUCCAUUGAUAUUUUAUGGUGUCCUGUCAUUUUUUAUCAGUUUUUUCAAAAUACCUAGUGACCCCUAUAAAUGCUUUAAAAAUAUGUGACCUUGAAAUAUGCCAAAAGACAUAAUAGCCCCAUGGGAAUAUUUUAUUCCACUUUCCACAUUGAAUCUCAUUCAUAUAUGGGUAAGGACUUAUUUAGGCUUCAACAAUUAUAAAAUUUAGCAAAAUUCUGCAAGUAAGACAAUUUAUUUCUAAGUGGAAAAAAAAAUUGCAUGCAUAAAUUAUGUAAAUCAGGCUAUCUCAUUUGAAAAUUUGUUGAGAUUUCAGUUAGAAUCAUAAAGAUUGUAUUAGUUUAUUCAGUUCCCUACAAGAAUAUAAAGAGUUUGAUAUUUGAAAAGUAAUUGUUUUUUUAAUAAAUUAUUUUGCAAAGUAACUGCAGGGCUUGUUAAAAGGGCUCUGCCUCAAGAGGGUUAAUAUAAGACAAAGAACAUUUUAUGAAAUUCGAUAUCGUAGCUUCACCAGUACAAUAUGGUCAUAGUGUCUUCAAGAUUGUUGUUAAAUUUGUUUUAAUUCAUAAUAUCCAAGUCUCAUGAUGAGUAUUAAUAGCGAUGUUCUUUAACUUUAUGCACAGUUGUCACCCCCAAGAAGCAGAGUCUUUCGAGAACUCUUCAACCCCUGGAGUCCUAUCGUCUGCUUCACUUCUUUCUUUUGUUGUGGAAAUGUCUGGAAGUGUUGAAGUGGGACUGGGCCAGGAGGAAAUUGAUGAUCAAAAAUAUUGAUAGUGCUGACAAGUACAAGGAAUACUGGUGGGCUUUAUUUUCUUUUUCCCUCCUUGUAAUAAUGAGAAAAACAUAAUAAUAAUAAAUGAAUAAUAAAAAUAAAUUGUUAUCUAAAAAUAUUUUAUUAUGCUUCAUUUUUCAAAUUCCCAAAGACCCUUAAGAUUUAAAUGUGAUAUAUUUUGAGAAUACAUGCUGUGCUGUGAUGAUGAUUAUGCAUACUUCAUGCAUACGUAAUGCAUACUUAAUGCAUACUUAAUGCAUACUUAAUGCAUACUUAAUGUAUACUUAAUGCAUACUUAAUACAUACUUAAGUAGUAAUCAGAAUCACACCGUUACUUUUUUUACAAGAACAUUUAAUAUUUUAACUGUGUGUAGAAAGACAUUUAAAAAUAAUAUUAUUUUAAUAUUUAAAGUUGAAUUUUAAUUUUCAGCAAACAUUAUCGAACAGAAAUUCUGCUGCCAGUCCUACAAAGUGUUGCCAGGAGGUUGGGUCAGAGUGACCUCUAUGAUAAUCUCAUCCUGGACACAGACAUUUAUGUCAUGCCAAAAGGGGCUUCAGAAAUCGAAGUCAGGCUUAAGCAGGUCAGUGAUGAACAGGACUUUUCUUAAUUGUUUUUUUUUUUAAAAACUAAAAAACUAGACCCUGGCUUUAAGACAUCAAAUUAUUUCAUCCGCUAGAGAUCGGGCUUGUCAAAUAAAUUUUUAUCCAAGGGUCAUUUAAUUUUACAGCUUUACAGACUGUUGGAAAAUUUUGAGUGUCACAUGAUUGGGGAAGUGCGUAAAAGAGUGGCCAAGGAAAUCACUUUAGCACUGUCUGAGAGAGCAAGAGAAGAGGAGGCUUUGCCUACAGAUCUGUGGAAGAGAGCUGUAAGUUGGAUGUAAUCUGUUUGGCGGUGGUAAAUGGUAAAGUAAUGAAAUAGCUUUUUAGGGGUGAAUUAAAAACGGUUGUUAUAUACCAUUUAUUGGAAAUUUGUUUCUGUUAAAAAUAGUCACACGCAAAAAAAAAAUCUCUUUUACAAAUAUUUUCUGCUCCUUGAGUUAUGAGUUAAUAAAAAAAAACCUUCUAAAAAAUUUAAAUCAGUUUAAGACAGCUUAUAAUAUUUCAUUAUCCAUUGAUUUUUACAAUUCCUUGUGUUGAUUAUUUUAAAAUAUUUUAAGUUAUGUUUUAAUUCCAGGGGCAGAAAUUAAAUUUGAUUAUUUAUGUGUACCAGUAGCAGUGUGUCUUCAUAUUAUCAUUGCCACAUAUAUAUAGCAUUUAGUGUCUUAUGUUUUUUACCCCCAAGUAUGUUGAAGCUUGAAUUAAAAAAACGGGCAGUAAGAUGUGAAUGUUUUGGCUUAGAGCCUUCUUCAGCAAAUAGGACAAAUGAAAACAAAAGAGAUCUCUAAAGUUUUUUUACUGUAAUUUGUUUCUUGUUGUAUUUUUAUUUGUCCUGUUUGCUGAAGAAGACUCUGAGCCAAAACGCUCACAUCUUAUUGUCCUGUUUUUGAUUCAAGCUUCCACAUACCUUGUUCUACUAUUUCAAUUUCAUUAUGUUUUUUACCACCAUGUUUUUUAGUGUCUAAUGCCUUUUACCACCUUAUGUCUAUGGAUUUGCUGUAUUUCUCACUGCGGUAAAACUUACCUUUCAAAGUUUAAGUUUUACUGCUGUAUCAAUGUUACGCUAACUUAAACUUUUCAAUGACAUUUCCUCAUUCAGGUGAUGAGUGAGAGUUUUACAAUGAAUCGCCCACACAUUGCUGAAAAAUUUGUCAACAUGUUGAUGGCCGAGGCUCAGGAGACAGAGAAAACUGUAACUUUUGAUUCCAAACAUUUACAGGCCUGCCUGUCAGAACUGGCCAGAAAUGUCAUGACCAGGGAGAAACAUAAUUUUGAAAGGUAACUAGUCAGAUCUGGUUUAAUUUGUAAAAAUUAUAUGAAUUUUGAUUUUUUGUUUCAUAGCAAUUUCCAUAUAGUGGCUGUGUUAUGUGUUUUUUUGUUUUCAAUAAAUAAGAUUAAAAUGAAACAUUGCUUGCUUUGGAAGGAUGGGUUUCAGGAGGGUGGUCCAGCCCACGUGGCACAUUUUUGGUAGGCUUCAUUUUUGGUCCCCAUCUAAAAAUUAGAUAUGCCUUAAAUAUAUGAGUGUUCUGUAUGUUUUAUGGUUUUUUUAAAUGAUGGGCAGUAAAAGUCAAGGUACUUUAUAAAAUAUUGGAAAGUGACAGUACAAAUAUCAACCAAUCAAAUACUUCUCUUAAUUCAGUCCGUAGUCCCACUCAAACUUCUGGAAGACUCUCAUUGGCAAUCAUCAAAUCACAAUUUUACACUGGUAACCAAAAUCAUUCUUGAAACUUGUCAUACUGUUGUAACAAAUCGCCCACUUCAAUUUCCUAACUCAUAUUGAUUUCAAUUUCAAGGAGUUGCCAACAAAGAGAUUAACAUACAAAUAUGUCUCUAAACGGAAUUUAAAAAUUAUGAUCCCUUCAUUUAGUGAUUUUUAUUUGUCUGCAGCUACUCCAUGUAUUAUGAGAAUCUCCUGAGAGUUCAACAUCAGCUCAUGUUUCAAAAAGAGAGGGUAGGAACUUUUUUUAUUUUAUAUCGUAAAGUAAGCUGUUAACAAUCCUUUAACAUUUUAAAUCAUUAUCAAGAAUUAACUUAGUUCCUUUAACAAUAAUUUGGGUAAAUGUUGAGAAAGGAUGCUAUGAUUGGCCGCCAUCUUGGUUGAGAAGACCAGUUAAUUCUGUCACUAAAUCUAAGUAAAUGUAUCCCUAAACCUAACCUGAACCCAAAAAUGUAUCCCUUAACCUCACCUGAACCCAAAAAUGUAUCCCUAAACCUAACCUGAACCCAAAAAUGUAUCCCUUAACCUCACCUGAACCCAAAAAUGUAUCCCUUAACCUAACCUGAACCCAAAAAUGUAUCCCUUAACCUAACCUGAACCCAAAAAUGUAUCCCUAAACCUAACCUGAACCCAAAAAUGUAUCCCUUAACCUAACCUGAACCCAAAAAUGUAUCCCUAAACCUAACCUGAACCCAAAAAUGUAUCCCUAAACCUAACCUGAACCCAAAAAUGUAUCCCUUAACCUAACCUGAACCCAAAAAUGUAUCCCUAAACCUAACCUGAACCCAAAAAUGUAUCCCUUAACCUAACCUGAACCCAAAAAUGUAUCCCUAAACCUAACCUGAACCCAAAAAUGUAUCCCUAAACCUAACCUGAACCCAAAAAUGUAUCCCUAAACCUAACCUGAACCCAAAAAUGUAUCCCUAAACCUAACCUGAACCCAAAAAUGUAUCCCUAAACCUAACCUGAACCCAAAAAUGUAUCCCUAAACCUAACCUGAACCCAAAAAUGUAUCCCUAAACCUAACCUAACCCAAAAAUGUAUCCCUAAACCUAACCUGAACCCAAAAAUGUAUCCCUAAACCUAACCUGAACCCAAAAAUGUAUCCCUAAACCUAACCUAACCCAAAAAUGUAUCCCUAAACCUAACCUGAACCCAAAAAUGUAUCCCUAAACCUAACCUGAACCCAAAAAUGUAUCCCUAAACCUAACCUAACCCAAAAAUGUAUCCCUAAACCUAACCUGAACCCUAAAAUGUAUACCUAAACCUAACCUGAACCCUAAAAUGUAUACCUAAACCUAACCUGAAACCUAAUUCACGGCAACUUUAAUAAACACCGGAAAGAUGUUAUGGCAUCCACAACUAGCAUUAGCCAUAAUUUUUUUUUUUUUUUAAAUUCUUCAAAAGCACAGUCCAUAUUCAUAUUUUAUGCCUUCUGUCUUGUAAAUAAGGCUCGUUAGUGUCAUAGUGUAAAUAUUCUACCAUGCCAGAUAAUGUUGCCGUCCAAUAUGUUUUAUUAUUGUCCACAUAUUUUUAUUGUCACUUAAUUUUUGUGAUGAGUAUCAAUCAACAUAUCAUCCAAUUAAAAUAUUUUAAUAUUUCAUCAGUGGAGAAUUGACACUUUUAACCACUUCCAUAAUAUAAUAUUUUAAACUAAAAACAUACAGCAAUGAAACUGUUAUUAGUCUUGAUAAAACACCUUAAAAUCUGCAGCAUAGGUAGUGUACCAAACAUUUAUUGCCAUGGACCGAACAUAAAAUUUCCAACUGACCAUAAAUGAAAAAAAAGUAUUUCUUUUAUUUUCUUUGUUACAAUCUAGGAGAUCAGAUAUCUAAAAGAUCAGCUGAAACAAGCUCAGAGUGACACCCGUGUGGCUGUACAAUGUCAGCUCGCUGAUGAAGCUCACGAUCUCUUGAUGGGUCAGUCAUUUGGACGUCAGUGUAUUUUGUUCAACAUUGAGCAAUUUUUUUUUUUUUAUCUCGCCCACCUUUGCCGCUGGCUUUUACAAAAAUUGUGAUUUAAUAUCUGAAACAGAAGUUCUAAAAUACAUUUUUUAUGUGCCCCCUCACCAGGUUUUCUCACACUUCUAAGUUUGUCAGACCUGUGGACAGGUUCCCCAUUGCACCAGGCACAGGUUCACUAAUCAUUGUUCUAUUUAUUUGACCUCAAAUAUUUCAUAGAAUAUUUUUUAUUCCGUUAUCAGCCACAGGGCCUUGCUGAGAAAAAGUAGUGCCCGGGGCAGAGCCUGAACAUUGCACCCACAUUUAUAUAGAAAAUAUAGAAAUAAGUGCUGCCUGGGCAGACAAAAAAAAAUGAUUUUGACACCCCUUGUCUUUGUGGAGUGCAUGUGAUUUAACAUUCAAUUAAAUAUUAUGGCCCCAAAUAAAUAUGAAAUGCAAUAUUUUGGCGUCCCCUGAUUUUAAUGCACAGGUUAGUGCCCCCUUUUCCCUACCCUUUACAUGGCCCUUAUCAGCGAAUUCGACAGGUGGUGCAGAUGGGUCACAUGAAAAUAAGCGAUACAAACUUGCAAGAUUUUUUUGGGACAUCUAAGGAGCUGAAAAGCUUGGUACGCUAAUACUUCCCCUUUCGGUCACAAAGAUUCCGUCAACUUGUCCAACUGUUGUUUGUGUUAUCUGGCAUCCCGUUUUCCAUAGCAAUAUCACUUGGGGUUGCCAAUUUAGGCAUGAUCUUGUUGCAUCAAAAAAUGUUUGUUUAAUUGUUUUGUGUGUUUAUUAACUGUUAGGUUUCACAUUUCAUAAAAUUUUAAUCUGCAACAUAGCUUUAGCUUCCCAGGCUCCUCUUGAUGCAUAUAACGUGGGGUAUUUUUAUACACAAGCUAAUCUCGUUUUGAAAAUAGACUAAAACAUACAAUUUUUCCCCAAGUUUUAUUUACUAAUUUUGUGCAGACCGGCGCCAGUCCGCAGACCACCAUUUGGGGAACGCUGCCCUCCACUAUCAAUAAAUAUGUUGUCUGUUCUUUAAUAUCAACGCAUUCUUCAUCUGCCCUAAGUUAUCACCAAAUAGGUUAGAUUUUUUCUACACUAACAGCUAUCUACCCUACCACACUAAUGUUACAUUGAUUUAUUAAAAUAACACAACAUGGAUCUCAAAGAUGCCAAAGUUAGUCAUCUUUCAAAACUUGGUUUUGACCAACCUUUAAGAAGAGACAAUUCUCAACAUUCUAGAAUUGCCAUCAUACACAGCAUAAGAGUUGCAUUAAAAAAUGUAUUGACUGCAAUUGGAUAUCAUGGAUUUGCUACACACUGAUAAUAAUGCACACUGGACACACAUCUGUGACAUGACUCUUCACUAACUGCAGUGCUCCAAUGAAAGAAACAAUAUGAUUUUUUUUUGUUCUUUGAUCAAACUUACUACUACAUCAUGAACACCUUAUAUUUGUUAAACCAGCAGGUCUUACAUUAUGUGAAGUAGGAGCCACUAUUUUUUAUUAUUUUUAAAAAAAUAAUUCAAUUUAAUUCUUAUUAAACAUUGACUUUCCGUCUCCAGAAGUGGUAGCACUGCGCUGCAAGAUUGCAGAAAUGCGGGAAGUCAGCCUGACCCAAGAACGGGAUCUGAGGGAGAGAGUAAGAGAAGAGUACCAGGACCUGAUACACAACAUCUUCAACUCGACAUUUCAUCUCCGUAACAAGUUUGACCUGUUCAGGUACACUCUGCUUUAAUGCAUCUUAUGUUACACUUUGGUAGAUAGAAUUUUAAUUUAUAUUCUUGUUAGAUUUUGGGACCUUAUGUUACAUUCUGUUACUUACACUAAUUGGCAUAUUGAGGUGCAUUCACAAAAUAUGUCUUUUUAAUUGAAAAGUCUUUAGAGACAAGUAAUAGCAUUUUUGUUUGUUUGUUUGUUUAAGCAGACAUUGUUGAUCAGAAGGAAUGACUUGGCAAAUCUUUUAAAGCUGUCUAGUGCAGUCUCAUAUGAAAACUGAAACAUUCUACAAUGACUGUUGCCUAGAACAUUUGUACUGACAUUAGUACUAACAUUUGCACUGAUGUUAGUACUAACAUUUGUACUGACAUUAGUACUACCAUUUGUACUGACAUUAGUACUACCAUUUGUACUGACAUUAGUACUAACAUUUGUACUGACAUAUUAAUAAUAACAUUUGUACAGACAUUAGUAUAACAUUUGUACAGACAUUAGUAUAACAUUUGUACUGACAUUAGUACCAACAUUUGUACUGACAUUAGUACCAACAUUUGUACUGACAUAUUAAUACCAACAUUUGUGCUCACAUAUUUUCAGAAAUCACUUGCAUGACGAUGUCCUGGUCAAAAUCGAUGAGACCAGAAAGGAAGCCUUUGAGGCCAUGAGCAGGUUACAGCAGAAGUUCAAGGGCAGUGCAGGUGAUUAGGUUAUCUUAAUGUGACAGCGUUUACAUCAUUGAUUAUCCACAUCUGAUUCUCAUCAUCAGCUCAUCUCUUUUUUUUUUUUCGGUUUUCUUUUUCGUUUUGAUUGAAAUUUAACAUUCCUUAGCUGAGUAGCUCCUCCUACCAGACAGUACAUGAAAACCCGGCCUACCUCAACUCAGAUCAGUUGUAGCAAUAUUGAUCCUCAACUCAGAUCAGUUGUAGCAAUAUUGAUUUGAAAUGUUACAUGGCGAAAUAGAGCUGGAGUGUUUAUCACAUUGGUUCUACAGUGAGACUUUGUUGAUUUUGGAAUCUUGAUAAUUAAUUGAUGCAAUGGAUGUUCUUCUGAUUGACCAGAUGAGAACGAGCUGAGAAACCAUUUGGAUGAAGCAGACCAGCUGAGAAAACUACAGGCUGAGAACCAUCAUCUGUCACAACUCAUUCUGAAGAUGAAAGUUGUUAAUGCUUGGAGACAGAAUGUGAAAACACACAACUUUGUGAAAUCUGUGAGUCUCUCUUGAAAAUGCACACGCGUGCGUUGUCUACCUGCAUUAAGUUAUGGUGCCUUAUCUUUCUAGGUUAAAUAUUUCUUAUAGGCUCCCCUUAUGGACUUCAUGUGUUGUAGAGAUGUUUUUGUAUUUUUGGUUUAUCUUCCCUCUUCCGCCCGUUCCUUGUGCAGACAGCAGAUUUACGUAAACAAUCAGAGACAAGUAAGAAGGAGCACCUGGAGGUUCGCAUGAUGGCAGAGGAGGAGAUGAUCCUGCUGAGACAGCAACUCGUGGCCAUACGUCGGGCCAUGACCGCAGUCGAUGUGGACUGUAAUCAAGUCAGGAAAAAACUACAAAGGGAGGUAAAUCGGUUCAGAAAAAAUAUAUAUUUUUUUUUUAUCAAUUAAAUAUCAUUUACAUGUAGGGGGAACCCUUCCAUAAAUUGCAACAUGUAGGGCUACCCUUCCAUACACUGCAACAUGUAGGGCUACCCUUCCAUACACUGAGACAUGUAGGGCUAUCCUUCCAUACACUGAGACCUGUAGGGCUACCCUUCCAUACACUGAGACAUGUAGGGCUACCCUUUCAUACACUGAGACAUGUAGGGCUACCCUUUCAUACACUGAGACAUGUAGGGCUACCCUUCCAUACACUGAGACAUGAAGGCUUACCCUUUGUUACACUGCAACAUGUAGGGCUACACUUCCAUACACUGCAACAUGCAAGGCUACACUUGCAUACACUGCAACAUGUAGGGCUACCCUUGCAUACACCUCAACAUGUAGGGCUACACUUCCAUUACUGCAACAUGCAAGGCUACACUUCCAUACACUCCAUACUUUGGACUCGUUUUAGGCAUUUUUAUUUCUUUAUCUAUAACAAAAUGAACAUGUGCUACAAAGUUACCCCAGUGUUAAACUAACACUUUUAUUAAUUACAACUAUUUAGUGCAGGUUGCUUACUGUCUUCUGGAAUAGAUGACCUUUUUUGAUAUGGCUCAAUGACACUCUCUCAUGUUUCUACAAUUUUAAUAGUGAGAUGAAGAGUUUCUGUCAAGUUCAUUCAGUUUUAGGUUUCAUUAGAAAAGGUUAAGAGUAGGGUUAUUUAUAACAAUGUUUGAUUCACCCUUUUGUGUGUGUGCGUACUCUCAAAAGCCUUUGAAUAGGGCAGUUGAUGGACUGGCAAAACAGUUGAUUAGCUGGCCAAACAGUUGAUGGGCUGGCCAAACAGUUGAUGGGCUGGCCAAACAGUUGAUGCUCUAAAUUUAUUUAAUUUAACAUAGAACUAAACUGAGAUCUUCAAACACAUACGUUUUGGCUUUCUAAUGAUUUGUUGUUUCCUGUUUUGCAUUGUCUCUGCUACUAUUCAUGUAUUUUCUUUUGUACCGGCAGAUGAAAAUGAGAUCUGAGAGGGAACAUGAAGAGGCUCAAAGAGAGCGAAGCAAGCAACAGCUGGAGAAGGCCAAACAAGAGAGUUUAAUCAAGCUGGUAAGUAGAUUGAAGCUCUAGACAUUAAUAUGGAAAAGGUGUACCUCAUAUGUGGUUUAUACACCAGAGGGUAAGGGAAUACCCAGAAAAUAGGUUUCUUUGCAUUAUAUUACUAAUAUAUCUUUUUUUUUAUCCUUGGGCGUGGGCAGUUUAAAGGAAAUAUGUUUUGAAAUCAACAGAGGAGGGUGCAGUGCUAAAAGAGGGUGCAGUGCUAAAAGAGGGUGCAGUGCUGCUAAAAAGUUUUAAAAAAAAAAAACCUGAGUUACAGGAACUAAUAAAAUGUCGGAGUUUGAUUGUUCAGUGCAGCCCACAUCAAUAAAUUCAUAGGUCCAGCCAGCAAUAUUUUCUAUAAAAGUAAAGGGAGAGCUUGGGUCAUGUAAGUUGUUUACCAGUCCGGAUAUGGAAGACCUGAUUUUCUUGUUUAAGGUUGAUGAGCUGAAGGACAAAGAUUCACGGCUGAUGAUGCUGGAGGAUGACAAAGACCGCUCCAGUAAACUGACACAACUGGCCUAUGAGAAGACCAAGAGGGAGAAGGAAAUGAUUAAGAAAAAACUCAACCAUGAACGAACGUUAAAACUGGACGCCUUCAAUAGAGUGGACAGUCUCCAGUCACAGGUAGGGAGAUGGUGGUCACUCAGUUUUCAGUAUAAAGAAAUUGAUUCCUUCCUUUAACUAUUGCAUAAAAUCCACUGAUUAUUAAACAUGGUAAUUAUUUCCAAACCUGAACAUUGAAUUUACAUGAUCUUUUUUGAACAAUGCAAAAAAAAAUUUGGUCUUUCAUCAUUUAGUGGGGAGGAGUUGAACAUAGAACUCUUGGAAGAGUCAAUUGAUGGUGUGAAUUGGAAAAGUGUUUUUUUUGCUACAGGAAUUUAAAACAUCAAAUAAUGAGAAACAAAAAUCUGGGCAGAGUUCUUUACUGUCACAUCAGUUCAUGAGUCUAGUUGACAUCAUUUCAUCUUCUUGUCUCCUCAGGUCUAUGAUUAUGAAACAUGUUUGCUGAACAGACCUCUGUCCUCGGUGACUCCAUCAAUGAGUAAACUAUUUUAUUAACAAUAUUUUACUUAUAGGAUCUUUGAUAUGUCUUCGUUUGAUAAAGAUUUCGCCAUAAAAAAAGCAGGCAGGGGCAUUGUGGGUAUAAUACUUGCCUGUAGGUCGAUGACCUUUUUCCAAUCUUCUUUUAAAGAAACAUUUUUCUGAAAUUUAUUAUUAUGUUUCCUUAGAAUUUAAGUACAAAGGGGUGUUAUUUAAAUUUGAAGGGAAAAAUGUGGCAAGUGGGAGAAAGAGGGGGGUGGGAGUGUAAUGAAACCAAUUCAUGCAUCAUAAGACAAACCGUUAUAAUCUGUUAUUUUGAUGGUCCAUGACUAGUCAAUAGAAUGGUAGUCCUUGGAUGAGGGGACUCAACUCUGUCUAGUCUUCAUCUAUGGAAUAAAGGUACCUCUUUAACUUUGGAAUUUUAAUCAACAAAAUUGUUUUUGUGUGAUCAGUGAUAUAAUAAAAUUGUUAGCGACAUCAGGGAUUCAGAUUAAAAAAAAAAAAAAUUAAUAAUUCUAAUACAGAUAACACUUAUCUCUUCAUGUUUAUAUUACUUCCAGCGAAACAGCUGUCAAGGGCCACUUCAGCUGGUGUAACGAGACAGAGUCGUCCAUCUACAAGUGGUUCCCACUGGCCCCCACCCGUCCCCUGGCCGGCUAACCGAAGCCUGACACCUCUGGGAGAAGUCCCCAUGGACAUGAACUUAAUGAUGAACAAUGACAACAAGAAAAUUCAGAGGCCAAAAACUGUAAGUGUCAUUUAUUUUUAUUAAUGUAAAAUUAAAUCAAAUCCUAAGUGCAAAAAAAAAAAGAAAAAAAAUGGAACAAAAAAUUGAAUCACAUCUGCUACUCAAAAAAAAAAGUUAAAGCUAUAAAUAUUUAUUUAAUACUUUGCUGCAUAAUUUAUUUCCCAUCUAUUAAAAUAGGUUGGAGGUCGGUUACGCAGCAGAAUAGCUGAACAGCUUUUAAAUGAAUUGGAGCCAAUACCACAUCACACUAUUGUACAGCUGGGAACAUUUCAAGGGGAAGGUUCCAAGAGAGCAGACAGAUUCUAAGUAAAAUGCAGUUGUUUCCCUUACAUCAACCAAGCGAGGAAUAUUCUCAAUGAAAGGAUUGAUUGGAACCUUUGUUUUCUCCCCAGUAUUUUUU